GUAGUUGAUGCCAUUUUGGACCUUUUGUGCCCCGAAUCUCAUUCACAAUUCACCUGGUUCCUUGUUCUUCUUCCAAAUUUGCUUAUACUGUUCUGUCCUAUUGACGAUGGAUAAACAAACAAUCAUAUUCAUCUCUUUCUGUUGCUUUCUAUUUGCAGGUAUUAUUUGCUUUCUAUUUACAGAAGGUGGUGCAAGAAGGACAAAACUUGAAGGUCACAGUGGCUCUGUAAAGCUGUUUGUAUUUGGAGACUCCUAUGCGGAUACAGGCAAUAGUAAUAAAUCUUAUGCUGUCUCAUGGAAACAACCUUACGGAAUUACUUUCCCCAGAAAACCAGCCGGCCGCUUCUCCGAUGGCCGUGUGCUUACUGAUUACUUAGCUUGGUCUUUGGGCAUAAGAUCUCUGGUUCCAUACACAAGAAGAGGAGAUGUGGAGAAAUGGGAAGUACAAAAUGGAAUGAACUUUGCAUAUGGAGGGACAGGUGUUUUCAACACAUUGGAGAAAGCUCCAAAUAUGUCUACCCAAAUCAGCUUUUUUCAACAGCUACUUCAACAAAAAUGGUAUACCAAACAAGACCUUAACUCCUCCAUUGCUCUUCUAUCCCUUGCUGGCAAUGACUAUGGCACUUUUGUUGUUAACCAUGGCAACAACCCAAAGGAUAUGUCAGACUUCAGCAAAUUAGUAGUUAACCAACUUGCUGACAAUAUAAAGCAAAUACUGAGCUUGGGGGUGAGAAAAAUAGCAGUUACUACAAUACAUCCAUUGGGAUGUUUGCCUCAGAUAACUAUAUAUUCAUCUUGGAACUCCUGCAAUCACGAUUGGAACUUGCUUUCAAAUUUUCACAACCAACAACUUUGGCAACGAAUGCAAAGUCUGAACAAUACUCUUCAAACUGAUCAGAAGAAGAAUGUAAUUGUUGUUUUGGACCUCUAUACUGCUUUUCAGUCCGCGUUUGCAAAGCAAAAGAACAUCACAGGAAAUCCACUGAAGCCUUGUUGUGUUGGUAUAAGUAAUGGAUAUGGAUGUGGGAGUGUUGAUCAAAGUGGGGCAAAGAAGUACAGCGUAUGCAAGAAUCGGGAGCUGUCUUUCUUCUGGGACAUGAUUCAUCCUUCACAGAAAGGCUGGCAUGCUGUUUAUUCAGAACUUCAACCUUCUCUUUACAAAUUAUUUUAGCUACAAAUGUAAGAUAUAGCAGGAGCAUUUACUAGCUCCAUCAGACUUGUAUUGAAUGCUUAGCACCCUUAUCACCAGUAACAAGCCAUUUGCAUGAUAAACAUAAACCGUCCGACGGAGGCAGGUACAUCAUUACUGCAUAAUAUGUAUAUGGUCAAACAUCCUUUUAUCUUUCUGGCUAUAACGUUUUGGAUUGCAAUGGAAUCUCAAGUUUAAUCAAAAGGAAAUUAUCAA